AUGAGCCACGGAGGACAGCCUCCGCUCAUGCAGCAGAACUAUAACCGCCAGAUCUAUUCUCCUAAUUCUACUUAUCAUCGAAGUUCACAAUCCCCCGGGACCGUGGAUAUCCUGGGAGCUUCUCCCUACGACAGCGGCUCUUCUCCUUACCAACUCUCGAUUUCGGGAAGUAGUUUAGGUCAUUCUAACUUACUAUCACCAGCUCCGAACCAAACGUCUUUGCCAAUGAUGAACAGUCAUUCCCAAGGGUCGCAGCCUACAGCGCCGCCGACGUCUGCAGGGCCUCCAGACGCUUACUCGCGGCCGCCAACAGCUUCCGGUUACUAUUCAGGACCUUCUUCAUCGACGACCCCACAUAGUUCUUACCCAUCCUUUACUUCCACACAUACUUCUUCUUCACAAUCAUCUUCGAUAACGGCUGGAAGCUUAUCAAAAAAUCCUUCGACGCUUAGCCCGCAUCAACAGCAUUCUCCAAUGCAUUCUCCAAUGCAAGCGCUGCCCUAUAGGCCCCUUCCCUCCUACACUCUUCCUCAGACAGUGGGAGGGCCGAUCAUGUCGAACAUGACGAAUCCUGGAGGGCAGAUGACUAUUAUGAACGGUAUCGGCACAAUGGGACACGGAUAUCAUCCAACUGGACACAUAGUCAAUCAACACCUUUACACCAAUAACCAUCCCAUUACACAAGAUCGCCCCUUCAAAUGCGAUAUAUGUCCACAAUCGUUCAACAGGAAUCACGAUCUUAAAAGGCACAAGCGAAUUCAUCUUGCAAUCAAGCCGUUUCCCUGCACCUUCUGCGAGAAGAGCUUUUCUAGGAAGGAUGCGCUAAAGCGUCAUAGAUUGGUAAAGGGAUGUGGAAUAGGAAAGACCCCACCGAACGAUGGAAGCGGUAGCUCGCCGCGGGAAGAAACAAAACGCGAUCAAGAUAAUCAUUCAGGCUCUGAAUACUGUAUAAAGCAAGAGCCGUUGUAG